AUGGGUCCAGCAAUAAUGGGGAGUGCACCGCUGGAAAGACUCGUGCUUGUGCCCAUACGCAAGAAUAUCGGUAAGAAUGAGGAACAAGCAGUUUGGCCGUCCCUAAAUAGUACCCCCUCGCUGGAGGUUGAAGAUGUCCGGUACUUUAUGGAUAUGAACAAAGUGCUCUCCGACCAGUGUGGAUCCACGCAUAGUAGACCGUUCAGGGUGUUUGAGGACCAUUAUGCGGCACUUUCGGGGAGUAACAAGUACCGAUACAACAUACAAGAAUAUUUCCGUUGUGGAGUCCCAGUGUCUGGUGACGAUACAACCACAGACAUCACACUUACAGACCAUGAUGACCACCAAUGCGUGUUCCCACAGUUGUUCACCGCACAAUUGGGACCCAGUGGCGGGGGACACCUUCGCGUUGCUGCAGAUAACUUUCGGGGUGCUUUACACCGCUAUAUUAUUACUGCUACACGGCUCCAUCCAGGGAAAAAUAGGUUGCUCCGUGAGUGUACUGAGUCUCUCCAAAAAUACGCCGCGCAAGCUAUAUCUACGACAGCGGACGUAUGGACUCAAUGGGUGGCCUGUAUACAAAGAAAAAUGCCAGAAACGACACCGCAACUGUAUUUCCGGGAUUCAAGAAUCCUCGCGAAUCUGGCCAAGGAAAGGUUCAACACUACGUACUUCAUCUUCAAGAACUCAGCACACUGUUCCCUCCGAAGGUUCUGUACAUUGCUGGAGGCACCAUCCAGGUUCGGGAACGAUGCGCUAGUACCUGAGUUGCGUCAAGGGAAGAUCCUCACGUUUGGAAUAUGGGUGGACACGGCAAACGAUAUCAUGAUCUUUGCCAACGGGAAACCGAAACGUGAGGCAGAGGCAGAGGGUGGGGCCGCAGAAGUUACAGCGACAUCGGGGGUCUGUCUAACCGCGGACUCACCAACAAGUGUCGCCAAGAGAGUGCUCCUGUUUGUGAACCUCUGUCUGCUACAGUGCAUCACGCAGGAAUUCCAUUAA